AAAAAUUGGUUUUUGUGGGGCUGUCAGCUCAGUCAGCGGCUCAUUCAUCACUUUCCGUCGCGCUCCAGUAGAACUAGUAGUCUAGACUUUUAUCAAAACCGACAGUAUUACACGCCACCCCCCGUAAAUUCCCUCCCAACCACAAGAAAACUCUUGGGCAUUCCACAAACACAACGAACAGAAGACGAUAAGCAACAAGUGUUCCGGAGAUUCCCUUGAAAAACACAGAACUCAAAACUCCAUCGAAACUUACACAAUUCCAGUUGUUUUGUUUACCCUGCAAUCAGUGCCCAAGAACGUGGCACAUUUCCAACUGCGAGUAAACAAUCGAGCCGGUGACGAGUACGGCGGAGCAGCAGUUGUAGCCCUCAAGGCAAGAUGAUUCCCGGCUAUGGACCCGUGACGCAGGCCCUGCUGGGCACCCUGCUCACUUGGGGACUCACGGCCGCCGGCGCCGCUCUGGUGAUCUUCGUCCGGGGAAACCAGCGGAGGUCCCUGGAUGCCGCCCUGGGAUUUGCAGCAGGCGUGAUGAUAGCUGCCUCCUUCUGGUCACUCCUCAAGCCGGCCAUUGAAAUGGCUGAGAGUUCCCACUUGUACGGAGUCUAUGCCUUUUUGCCUGUGUCAGGGGGCUUCCUCCUGGGCUCCAUUUUCGUCUAUGGCUGCGACAAGCUGAUGUCCUACUUGGGCCUCAACAGCACUAACAUGAUGAUCCAGAUGACGCAGUCCAAGGACAAGGCGGACAUAGCCAUCGAGGACUCGAAGCGCAAUGGAGGCGGUGCCUCUGAUCGGUUGGCUUCCAAGAGCCUGGACAGCUUCUCGGACUGCCUGAGUGUGCAGCACAGCGGGGAGUCGAGGCGCCGCAAGAAGGGCGCCAGCAUCAACGAGAUGGAGCAGUGCACCUACACCACGCCCGAGGAGCAGCAGCGCGCGGAGGAGGCCCUGUCCCAGUGGAAGAGGAUCAUGCUCCUGGUCGUGGCCAUCACGGUGCACAAUAUACCCGAGGGACUGGCUGUGGGCGUGAGCUUUGGUGCCAUCGGCACGACUAACUCAUCGACAUUCGAGAGUGCCCGCAAUCUGGCCAUCGGCAUCGGCAUUCAGAACUUCCCCGAGGGACUGGCCGUUAGCCUGCCCCUGCAUGCCGCAGGAUUCAGCGUGAAGCGGGCUCUGUGGUACGGACAACUGUCUGGUAUGGUGGAGCCCAUCUUUGGCGUGCUGGGCGCCGUGGCCGUGACCUUCGCCAACCUAAUUCUGCCUUACGCCCUGUCCUUUGCGGCCGGAGCCAUGAUCUACAUUGUGUCGGACGACAUUCUGCCCGAGGCACAUGCCAGCGGCAAUGGUACGAUCGCCACAUGGGGCACAGUAUCUGGCUUCCUGAUAAUGAUGUGUCUGGAGGUGGCGCUGUCGUGAGCAACCACCGGCCUCUGCCAUCGACCGCCUUGCAGAACUCGUAACCUAGUGUAAAACUCAAAGAUUCCAUUGUACUUAACGCGAACUUCUGCUGGCUUGUAAAUAGAUGCGGGCUUUGUACAAAUCUCAGAAUCAGCCCCAACCAACGAGAAUCUAAUAAGUAAGUUUUUGUAAAAAAGAAACUUGACAACUGGUGAUGCCGCGGUGGCAUCCGUGCAAUUGUGUAUCUGUGCAAUGUAGUACAUUCCCAGCGAGUUAUGUAAAUGAACCGAAGCGUUCUCGGAAAGAUUGUAAACAGACGUGCAUGUGAAUUAGGUUUUAAGUUGUCACCGGCGUCCAGUGGCUUGUGUCUUUUUAAACUGUCUAAUGUUUAAGCAAUAAAACGAAGCGCAUUCAAAUCA